AUGUCACAAGUGAUAUCAUCCUCCGCACACGAUGACAUGAUCCACGAUGCAGUCCUCGACUACUACGGCCGCCGUCUCGCAACCUGCUCCUCCGACAAGACGAUCAAGAUAUUCGACAUUGAACCCUCUCCAGCUGCUCAGACACACCAGGGUGGACAGCAAGCACCUGAUCAGCACAAACUCACUGCCACCUUGACUGGCCACGAGGGGGCUGUAUGGUGUGUGGCGUGGUCGCACCCGAAAUUCGGCGUCAUACUUGCCAGCUCUUCCUACGAUGGCCGAAUCCUCAUAUGGCGGGAACAGAACGGGCAGUGGCAGCGCAUAUACGAAUUCACAAUGCACACUGCAUCCGUGAAUCUCGUAGCCUGGAGUCCGGCAGAAUUAGGCUGCCACCUCGCGGCAGCAAGCAGCGACGGCAGCGUCUCAGUGCUCACAUUCGACAACAACAACUUCUCUCACGCCAUCUUUCCAGCCCACGGCCUAGGUGUCAACAGCGUCUCCUGGGCGCCCGCCACCUUACCUGGCCAACUCACCUCCGCACAAGCACCAGGCAAACAAGCAGAAGUCCAACGCCGCUUUGCUACAGGCGGUUCGGAUAAUCUUGUCAAGCUCUGGCAAUACAACACCACGACACAAUCCUACGAUAACAUCGCCACGCUUCCAGGCCACAGCGACUGGGUGCGGGACGUGGCUUGGUCCCCAACGCCGCUUAGUAAACAAUACAUCGCUUCUGCCUCGCAAGACCACACUGUCAGGAUAUGGACUCUCGCGGCUGGCAAGGAUGUGGCUGAUGCUAGUGCGUGGAAGAGCGAGCAAUUGGAUUUCGAGGUCGUGGUGUGGAGGGUGAGUUGGAGUAUGGCGGGGAAUGUACUGGCGGUUAGUGGAGGGGACAACAGGGUCAGUUUGUGGAAGGAGAAGUUGCGGGGUGGAUGGGAGUGUGUGAAGACUAUUGAGGAGUAG